AUGUCGCAGAACGGCACGAUGAAGAAAGCGAUGAAGCUGGGAUUGUGCGGGCGCUUGGCCACGGCGAUUUUUGUCGCGGUCGGAUGGGGGUUGGGCCUCUGCCCUUCCGCGGAGGGAAAACUCGCCCUGACAAAGAAAUCUUAUCGGACAGAAAAUGUGCUGUGCCCAAAUUCUAUCCUCCUCUGGAGUGCACGUGUUGCAGCGGAUUCACGAUGAAGCAUCCUUUUUUUGUUUGCAUUGAAAGCGAUUCGUGUCGCUGCCAGACCUGCCGUGAUGUGUAGCUAGUUGCGAUUACUAGUGACUAGCAUUUCGCGCGAAUGCGAAUGCGCGUCAGCCUUUGCUAAAGGAAGUGCCGGGGGGCUAGAAGAGGUUUGUGAUUUUAGAGAGAGAGAUCGAUCCUAACUGCAAAAGUAGGUAGCUGCUCCUGAAAUCUGUUGUAUUCGAUUUGGUUUUCAAGACACUUUGAGGAGAGUGUGAUUUUCAUUUUGAUACCGACUUUCUGGCCCCCAAGAACCAGGACGAGCUUUUGGCUUUAGGGGGAUCGGUGCUCGGGUGUCUUGGCGCCAGCUGCUGCUACCAGAUGACCAACAAGCACUGCGACGACUGCCUCAGUAUCAAGUGCAUACCGCUGCGUUCAUUUUCCAGACAUCGAUAGAACUGGCACACUUCUUCAUGAUAGCUACUGAGAUCUUUUGGUCGCACUCGCGUCUUCUAUGGCACUUGCAAUACAAUGGGAAAUUUUGAUUGUGAUGCAUUGGAUAUGAUGAAGAUAGAGAGCUGAUUCUUCAUCGCAUCAACGAAGAAAAGAAGUUGAGCAUCUGCAGUGAAUUUUUGAAUCUGAAGAUGAUUGUCCAUGACGUUACUCUGCAGGCAACGACAUCUCGUUCUAACAUCGAUGUCAACGCUUGCUAGUGGCGAGGCUAGCUUUUCCCAUGACCUGCCAAGCGUCUUAUGAAAAUCACUUAGGAAAACGGACACGAGAAGUGUGUUGCAAUCUUUGCAGUAGCCCGCAUGAUGAGUAAGUGUCGACCCCAUCGGAAUGUGGGACUAAGAGCGCAGAGCUUUCCCCACUCGAUAUGCAAGAUUCCGCUUCUUGAGGCGGGAGACGCCACUAUCAACAGUUACGUCGGAUUGUGUGCCGCAGCGGCGAACUGUGGGUCCACUGUGCUGGAGUCUCCGCUGUACGCAUGUGCGACUGCCUGCUGCUGUUUCGGAGCCCAUCAGGUAUGUUCGGCACCAGCAUCCACUUGUGUCGUGUUUUUGUUAGUUCCUGGCGAAUCUGUUUGUAAGUACUGGCAGUUUUGUGUCCAACGCUAUAAAAAUACGAGAAUGCCUGAUGUUUUGUUUUGAUCCUUUUUUCGGUCAAGACGUCAACUCCAUUUUCCAUGGCGACCAGGUGUACACUCAUGUCCUCGCUCCCGGAACCGGCGGAGUUUACUGCUACAAAAAAGAGUACGACAUGCAUCGUAGCAUGCGGUCGCAACUGGAGUCACUAUGCUCUUUGAAUAUCAUCAAUCCCAGAAUCGUGUACCAGACCGAGUUCGAUCAAAUUGGUUGAUCUGAAGGCCUUGCUGUAGCUUCCGUAGUUAACAUUUGAUCUGGCUUCGUGCUUGGUUGACGUUUCAUCUGCUACUUUAGUUAUUAUGCAUUUUUUUUUAAUAGCUAUUGCACGUCCACGUCUCAAAGUGGUAGACGUCCUGAUAGGUGUCAAGCCACAUGAGUCGAAGAAGUUCUACGGGAUUGUGGCGGUCAUGUCCGCCUUCUGCUAGUGACUCUCUAGUGUUUGCGUUUCUUUGGUAUAGAAACGAAGAUGGCAACGUGCAACGCUAUGCGUACGCCGGCGGACAAGAUAUUUCUGGUAAUUCAGGAUCCCCACGACUGAUUCCCACGAGACAAGUAGAGCAGCGAAGUAAAUAAUUGAUUUGUGACGGUGCUGCCAUGACUCCUUUAUCACCUUCUGGACUCUGAACGAGGGCGAGGUCAUGAACGGCUCCAAUCUACUUAGUUAUUGCAGCAUGAAGAUGAACCAGAACCGCACCCAUAGGACAUGUGCGUAUCUUCCAGCGAGCAACGCAAAUAAUAGGGCAGCUGGCGCGUUCUGUUUUUGUGUACAGUGCGCCAAUAGUUGAAGUGUGGCCACAGAGAGGCGCGCGCCGUCAACUUAUACAUACGACGUAAUCACGCUCACUGUUGAGUAUACAGCGGAAUCGUCAUGGGAAUAUUUUUCAUUGCUACACAGCGAGAGAACGACCCGCAGAUGUUGUGGGCGGAAAAACGGAACGAAAAGGGCGAAGUGGUGGAAAAAAUUCACGUCACCGCUAAAGGAGGACAGGCGGCAUUGAAGAAGGAUUUGGAGAAGGUCGCGAACGAGCGGAAUCGAUCUAUGCUGACCGGUGGCGCGAGUAAUAAGGCUCUGAAACUAUCUAACUGAGCACGUCACUAUCCGUCAAGUCUACCAGCCAAGUCGUGAACAUUUUUGUGCAGGGCCGCAGAAGGAUGAAGCGGUACAAGCUAUAUUGCAGCACCACAACGUUUCAGUUUCUUGUUACUACUUCCUCGACUUCUCACACUACACAUCAUUCCUUCCAAAAGAGCACGGUUGCAUUCAUUGCCACAACGACGGAAGAUGUUGGCUUCGCUUGCAUGCUGCCCUUCCUCCUUAUGAAUGGGUAGAUAUUUGCGGCCGUGGUGGAUUGUAGAAAGCAACCAGAACUUGAACCACCAAUAAUACUCCCUGCGCAUUCUAUACAUUUCACGCGAGUGGCUGGUGUGGACUGCAGAGUGCUUUUUAUUUUCACUAUGAUAAGUUGACGAUGCGGAAGCGGACCAGCGGACUUGGGAGCGUACAAAUAAAAUUACGCAUCCUGACGGCAGAGUCGAAGAGGAGAGAUCUACCUUGUUUAAUCGUAAGUAAGAACACCAUCUCAUGGAUCAUCUUCUUUUUUUUUUAGCGGAGACAGAUGACAUCCUUUGGUGGUGACAGUCACACUCGUCACUUAACGAUAUAGGCACAGAGGAGAUGGCGUGCCAUAAAAUUAUUGAUUUUAUUGCGUUGCGGGUGCUCGUGCUAUCCCUAACCCUAUCGUUUGACUUUGAGCCCGGGAUUUCCGGCCCCGAAGAAAAUACCUAAAGAGAAUACAUCGAGACACUCCACCUCCAGCACUACUGAUGAGAAGCAAUCACGUGUAAAGUACAUUUUCAGUGAAUCCCAGCAAUGGUACGAGGAGAGUACUGACAACUGGCGUCACUACUUUGUUGAAGAUUAACGAGACUUACAAAAAUCCUAUAGAUAAGGAAAAGCGGGUGAAUGCGCGACAAGAGAAACACCUAGUGCAGCCGCUGAGUCGUGAGACGCUCUCUAUGGGGAGUCUCGUAUUCGACAACGCUGGCAGUCAUAGAGCACCCGGUCGCGAGUUAGGCACGCUUUAACAUCGAUGUCGAAGACCCCCUAUUGCGCCUCGCUAGUAACGGCUUUUCGUCGUGAUUUACACUGGUUCCUAGAAUUGGAUGAGGCUGUCGUUAGUUUCGCAUGUUCUAGCGGAAUAAGUGCAUUCGCGCGGAAUGUCAUACAGUUACACUGCUUGGUAGUUGCUCCACCGAGUACAUGACGGAUUCAACAAAUCUUGAAUCGCGAGAAGUUCACCUCCUAGCGCUAGCUUCUAACAGAAACAUCGAUGACUGACCAGUGACAAUGUGUGCGCAGAAGUGAAUCGGCAGCACUUUUGUUAAAGCAAAGUGGAGAGCAGCAGCAUUUGCAUUUGGCCAUGUUCAUCGUUUGCUCUUUGUGUUUGAUCUUUUUUCGAGAUGUGGGCGAU